AGACCCACCGCGCCGCCCUCUUCACCGCAACACCGAAAGGCAGACGCCUCUCUCCAAUCCAGGCAAGAACCAAGAAGUCGUAGACUCGUAGUUGUAGCAGAGAGGAGGAGGAGGAGAGGGUCGAGAGCUUCUCCUUGCUUCGCGUUGUUCAAGAGGUCGCCGGGUCGCACCUGCAGCCGUUCCUGGCCCCUCGGCGUUCUCGGGGAGGCGAUUCAACAAUGGCGACAAGGAACCACCGCGCGGCUGCUGCUCCGCAGCCGGGGAACAGAGGUGCCGCAGUCCUGGCGGGGAAACAGAAGGCCGCCGCCGUCGCUGGCCGACCUGAUCGGCGAGCCCUUGGUGAUAUUGGCAACCUCGCGAACACCCAUAUCAUCGACGGGAAGAAGAUCCAGCUGCCCGAGGGGAUCAAUCGCCCCAUCACCCGGAGCUUCGGCGCCCAGCUCUUAAAGAAAGCUCAGGCAAACGCCGCUGUUUUGACCAAGAACGCCGUAGCUCCUGCUCAUCCUGUACCGGCGCGUGCCGCCCCGAAGCCUACCAGGAAGGCCCCUACCAAGCCCGUCCCUCGUCCUGAGCAGGCAAUCAAGAUCACCACCGGCUCCGAAGAGAACAGGAAGCCGUCAGAGGGUGCCGCUGGCAGCAGCUCUGCCCACAAUUCGAGGAAGAAGGUCGUCAGCACGCUUACAACCGUCCUUACUGCACGUUCCAAGUUCGCGUCUGGUCUUACCGAGAAGCCCAAAGAAAUCAUUGAAGACAUCGACAGGCUCGAUGGCGACAACCAGCUCGCUGUUGUUGACUACGUUGAGGACAUCUACACGUUCUACAAGACCGCCCAGCAUGAGAGCCGUCCCACUGACUACAUGGGCAGUCAGCCCGAGGUCAAUACCAAAAUGCGAGCAAUCCUCACGGACUGGAUCAUUGAGGUUCACAGUAGAUUUGAGCUUAUGCCAGAAACGCUGUAUCUCAUCAUGUACAUCGUGGAUCGGUACCUUUCGCUGCAGCCCGUGCCGAGGAGGGAGCUGCAGCUCGUCGGCAUCGCGGCCAUGCUCAUAGCCUGCAAGUAUGAGGAGAUAUGGGCGCCAGAGGUCAGCGAAUUCUUACACAUAUGUGAGAAUACCUACACUCGGCAACAUAUUCUGGACAUGGAGAAGGCAAUCCUGAACAAGAUGGAGUGGAACCUCACUGUUCCCACGCCGUACGUCUUCCUGGUGCGGUUUGUGAAGGCUGCCGGAAGCGGUGAUAAGAAGCUCGAGAAUAUGGUCUUCUUUUUCGCAGAGCUGGCGCUGAUGGAGUACCGCAUGGCAACAAUCUGUCCGUCGAUGGUCGCCGCUUCCGCCGUGUACGCCGCUUGCCUGACUUUGAAGAAGAAUCCUCUCUGGACAGAAACCCUGAAGCACCAUACUGGUCUCGACGAGCCGCAACUAAUGGAGUACGUAAAGAUCCUGGUCGGUUCCCAUGCUGCAGCUCCUGAUGGGAAGCUGAAGGCGAUCUACAAAAAGUACGCGGCUGAGCAGUUUGGGUGUGCUGCUCUGCACCCACCGGCAGCUGUUUAGGACUUCUACUGUGUUUCUUCUAUGAUUAGAAGACGAUUGGUUUGCGUAGGCUACUUGGAAUCAAGAAAGUUUGAGAGCGCUAUUUUUUUCCAUUUUAGAUACUCUGUUUUCAGGAGUAUUAUACUGUGUCUGGUA